CUCUAAAAAAAAAUCCCCUUCAAAGUUUUUUCCUGUCUGGUUCUGUAAUUCAGUCAAAUCGAGUGAGGUUCGUGUUGUCAGACUGCUGGUGUUUGAAGACAGAUUACUUCAGUGAAACAGUAGACACAGUUCCUGCUCUAAUCAUGGAGGCAGCAGAUAUUUUAUGUGAAUCGCUCUUCCGCUGGCUGGAGAACCGAAAGAAAUGUGCAGAAGAGCUGAAGAAACUGGCGCAAGAGCUGGAAGAUGUUCAUCAGGGCAGCAACAUCGGUCAGGUGGUCGGAGCUGCCACGUCUGUGGCCUCAAUAUCUGGAGCAUUGAUUGCCACCGUUUUGACAGGAGGUCUGGCCGGCCCUGUAUUGGUUGCUGCAGCAGUAGGCACUGUAGCGGGCACUGCAGUCAGCGUCACUUCCACAUUGGUAGAGACAUUUAUCUCCAGCAGUACCUUUAAAAAAGCGAAUGAAUUAAUGAAAGAAGAUGAGAAGGUUGGCACGAAAAUUCAGGAGCAACUGCGGGAUCUGAAGGACAGGUGUAGAGGAGCGCUGAAUGCUGAUGAGCUGGACUGUGAGGUCACCACUCGACUCAUGUGGUCUCUGGCCAGGAGGAGUAAUACUCCCGUACCUCUAGACUUCCUCAGAGGAUUCAACAGGGCCACGUUCUUUCAUCACUUAGCACCAGGUGGACUGGAUCCAGACCAGGCCUCGCGCUUUAUUUGCCAAGCUCUGGGCGCCGCUACUGUUUUUUCUUUAAUGACAAGUAGCCUGAAGGUGUCGGGCAAAGUAAUGAUGAAGAACAUUGGACGCAUUGGCAUUAAAUCUGCUGUUAAAGCAGGAUCACGGGUACUGGGUGUGAUUGGUUUGGGAAUCUCUCUGUAUGACCUGAUUGAUAAGAGUGUAGAACUAGCAAAAGACAAUCAGGUCACGGAGGCCAGUAAGUUCUUACGGGAUUCAGCCAGGCAAAUACUGGACGGCCAACAAGAGCUAAAGGAACAACUGGAUGCAAUGCACGAAAUCAUCCAGGAGUUGUUAAAAAUUAAGAACCUCAUCAAGAACUUGGGGGGAUAUUCUCUCAACAUGACUGAAGAAGCACAGAAAAUAAUUAAUUAUAUAAAGAUAACAUGUCCAGACAACACAGUUAGCUCCUGGCUUCAGACUCAUGAGAUUGCAUUUGUGAAUCUUCUACGAUUUUUCCUGGAGAAGUUGGGUCACAUUCUUGAGGAUUUGACAAAGCCUUACAGAGGUCACAUACACAUUGUGAUUGUGGCUCAUGGCGGUAUCGUCGACGAGUUUAUGCCAGCGGGAGGACUGGUGCCCACACCUAACAUCACAGACACCGUUCUCUACUCUCCGUGGAACUGUGCCAUCGACGCCAACGCUGCAUUUGGAAUCGCUCAGGGGAGCAUUCAAGCGACAGACAGAGUGUUUGUCAAUAUGGCUCGCUGUGAGCCGAACCCUUUGCCAAAUCGCUGGAACAGCAUGCGAGAAUCUCCCAGCGACAUCCCAGUGAUCCUUCUAUCCCCUGUGACCGAGGAAGACGGCGCUUGGAAGUAUUUUAACCAGUAUCGGAUAGGCAUGGAAAUAGAAGACCGUGUUAUUAUUCCAUAUCUUGUCCCAGAAAAACUGAAAAAAGAAUUCGGACAGAUCCCCCUGUUCAUUUUCAUAUUUGCGAUAUCAUUUUUACUCAUGAUGUAUAAUAAAACAGCCACUGUGCACCUGGCUGCUUGUUUGAGCCGAGGCGGAAGUCCAGAAAGGAGAGUAGAAUGGCGAAGACAGUACGCCUACACAAGUGAUGGAGCCUAUAUGACUGUGAACAUAGAGAACAAGUACAUGCACAAUGACUUAUACAGAGCCUUUAGAUCAUUGUUUGACAGAAAGCGUAGAUAAAUCCUCUGAACGGCCUCUGGGUCGGUCCUCAGUGAACACAGAGCGACCUGGAGCAGGUUAAUGCCAAGAUCAGACCAUUUCUGUAUAAAAGAAGUGACCGUUUAAAAGUCUUUCUAUCCCCUAAUAUUAACUACUGACAUGUUUUAACCGCAACAUAAAGAUAAAUAACAAAUUACAUACCGAGUAUUGUGCUUUGCUAAUUCCAACUGUAACAUCAUGGGGGGGGAAAAACUUGGUUUACAUUUAAACAAACAUGAAAUAUUUAAUUUAAGAAACUUUUACCUUUUCUUUAUCCAGUUCAAAUAAAUUCACAUUUAAUUUGCUAAUGUUGAGGCAAGCCAUGAAAACGCCCACAUCGAUAAAAACACAGUUUAUUACGGAUCUAACCUCGUCCUAACCUUUCGUCUUGCUGCGCUGUGAGGAGAUCCUGGGAAAAGUUCCCUCAGUUACAGUUUCAUUUUGAGGAGCACACGGAUUCAGCUGAUGCAGUAAGUCAUUAUUCUUAAGUGCUUUGUUCUAAUCGCGUUAUUGAAUAGUGUCUGUAAACUGCACAAAGACUGUUUAAAUAUUAAAUGCGCGUCUGAUAGAAAGGAAUAGGCGAAUUCACAGACGCGCGCGCCGUGCGUUAAUUCACUUGCUCCUACAUUAGUAAGAUAAAAUUAUUUAUCUGUAAAACCAAACAGAGUGUUUAAAUAUGAUUUGGAACAUACGAACGAACAAACGUUCAUUUAGUUAGACAAUUUCUGCUCAUAUUAUUUUCUUUUCAAGAUGUUUCAAACUCUAACUUUGAACCAAUUCUACAAAAUGGCCCAUAUAACCUAUUUGACCAGGAUUUGUUUCCAAGUAUGACUAAAAAUGGGUUUUGACUUUCAUUCAUACUUUGAUUUUAUACAUAUAUUCAAAGUUCAGAUGCAAAAGCCUCUAAGUGCCAUUUGAAAUUUUCUUCUAGAAUGAUCAUUUUUUUAUCAAGCUUGUAUAUUUAAGUUCAUGUGUGUGUGUGUGUGUGUGCAUGUAUGUAUAUUGUCCUUUCAAUUUUUUCUUGUCUGACUCACCUGAAUGAAAGGGUCAUUAUUAUGCGUAUCUUUGUCUCUCAGGUGAGAGUUACCUAAUUAUACAUGAUGAGGGCUGGCCUGUUCACGCUCAUUCGCAUAUUGCCUUGGCAAACAACAAAAUGUUUUUCACAAUAUAACCCAAUUCACAAUUUAGUAUGUGUUUUGUGGCCUUAUUUCAGAAACUUUCAUUUUUAGAUUUUACAAUAACCACGCAUAAACAAUAUUCUCUCAAAAAUACCAACAUGUACAAACAUGUUGCUCAUAUAUUAUGGUAGCCCUGUUUCUGCUAAAUAUAGUGUAAUUUCACCUGUGCCAUUAAUAUGUUUAUAAGCAGCUGAAAAGGAACAUCUCAAGGACCCAAAUACACCUUGGUCCUCAGAGGGUUAAUUCACAGGAAAUAAAUGUUCAUGUUUAAAGGGAACAGAUGUACAUUUAAGGCUUGAUUAGUGAACAAUGGAAUAAUCAUGGAAUAAUGUAUAAUUAUGGAUUAAAUUGUCCUCUUUUUAUUAUUUUAAUUGCAUUUGAACUCAAUUUAAAAAAAAUGUCUUUGUUUUUCUUAUUUCUUAAUUACAUUAUAUGUUGUAAACGCUUUUUAUGUAAAGCACAUUGAAUAACCAUUGUGUAUGAAGUGUAUUAAUAAACUUUCCUUGCCUUGA